UUAAAGGACAAGCUUAGAUGGACUCCAACCAUCACAGAUCUGCAGAAACCUUCAUCUUUCAUAAAAACCUCAAAGUCCUGUCUGACAUGGGUCUGGCCCUGUGCAGACAGUCUCACAGCCACAUGGCCAAAGUGGUUCUAGUGGGCCUGGACGGGGCGGGGAAGUCCACCCUCCUCCACCGCCUUCUUAGGGGUGAGCUGGCAUACACCACCCCCACCGUAGGCUUCAACGUGGGCUCGCUGGAGCUGGACUCUGGCCCGGAGCUGACCGUGUGGGACAUAGGGGGCCAGGGGGGCAUGCGCGCCCAGUGGGGAGACCACAUGGAGGAAUGCGAUGCCCUGCUGUUUAUGGUGGACGGGGUAGAGCGGGUACGGAUCGGGGAGGCAAGGGCGGCGUUGGGGAGAGUGCUGGGGGAUGAGAGGGUGAGGGGAGUCCCCCUAAUGGUGCUGGUUAAUAAGAUGGACCUCCCAGAGGCGAUGGGGCUCCAGGAGGUGACGGGCGGGCUGGGGCUGGAGCAGUGCUGGGAUAGAAACUGGGAGGUGCAGGGGUGCAGCGCUCACAACGGCCUGGGGCUCCAAGAGGCCCUGGACUCUUUGGCCACACUCAUCAGAAAGCGCUGAGGGAGAACUCAGACACACAAUGAUAUAUGGAAAACUUUGGCAAAUACACAGAUCAAUGGACAAGGAAUGGGCUCUCAUAUACAAACAGGUAAAGAAUAGGCACACACACAUUUGGACAAAAGGGAACCGGUGAGGCUUUUCAUAAGCUAACUGUGCUCCUCUCACAGUAUGCAUCAUGCCAGUAGGUUAUUUGAAUAUAGAAACAGUUGUGACAUUCACUAUGAAGGCAACUAUUCAAUGGGACUUGAGAUUCGCAGAUUGGAAUUAAAUGGCUACUUUUAUCAAAAGGACAAAAGCCCAAUGGGAUCAUCCACCUGUUUUUACACUCACUGUAACAAUGACAUGUAUUUCACAUGAAACUAAUCUCCCCACAGCAAUGUCACAAGUGCCAUUCAUUUUUACAAUUGACAGAAGAUGCAGUAUCCUUCUACACCACAAGGUGGUCUCCUUAUUUAGCCACAGUCCUGCUGGUUCUAGUUUCUCCCUGGAAGUUAAAUCAAUGGUUGCUACUCCAGAUUGAAGUGUUGACACUACCAGACUAAAGGGAUCGGUGAUACACAGUUACAUUAAAAUAGAACCUUUAGUCGUAUAUUCAGUAAAGCGGAUUACUUUUUAUUGGUCUUAAGUAUUUGAGAGCAAAUGUGUCAGGUAUAUUUAUCCAGGUACCAUGUACAGCAACUCUAAAUCACAUACAUGAGAGCAGAGUCACUUUGUCCCCUCUUUCAGAAUAAGAAUCUCUCACCAAUUUUUCCAGACAGACAAUACACCUUGAUGUUACCAUAUCAAUCAGAAAGCUUGCAGCAGUGAGGAUCCAAUGGCUAACAGCGCAUUUAUUUUGGUUAGGAUCAGUAGUACAGAGAACAUGUCCUAAGGAUGAGAGGAAGUGAUGUCAUAAUCAAAAUCCCCUGAUUGAUUAGCAGAAUGUGGCAUUGAUGGGUUUGUGGUGAGGUGAAUGUAGUGUCUUCAAAGUAUUUACACCCCUUGGAAUUUUCCACAUUUUGUUGUGUUACAGCCUGAAUAUAACAUAUUAAAAUGUAGAUUGUGACACUGGCCUAGACACAAUACCCCAUAAUGUCAAAGUGGAAUUGUUUUGACAUUCUUACAAAUUCUUUAAAACCUAAAAUGUCAAGUCAAUAAGUAUUCACACCCUUUGUUAUUGCAAACCUAAGUAAGUUGAAGAGUAAAAAUGUGCUUAACAAGUCACAGAAGUUGCAUGGACUCACUGUGUGUGGAAUAAUGGUGUUUAACUUGAUUUGAAUGACAACCUCAUCUCUGUACCCCACACAUACAGAUAAUUGUGAAGGUCCCUCAGUCUGGCAGUGAAUUUCAAACAGAUUCAACCAAAGACCAGGGAGGUUCUCCAAUGGCUCGCUAAGGGCACCUAUUGGUAGAUGGGUAAAAAAAAGCAGACAUUGAAUAUCCCUUUGAUCAUGGGGAAGUUACUACACUUUGGAUGGUGGAUCAAUGCACAACCAAAGAUACAGCGUCCUUCCUAACUCCGCUGCCGGAGAAGGACACCGCUCAGGGAUUUCACCAUGAGGUCAACGGGGACUAUAAAACACAGUUGAAUGGCUGUGAUAGGAGAAAACUGAGGAUGGAUCCAUAACACCGUAGUUACUCCACAAUAUUAACCUAAAUGACAGUGAAAAUGAGAAAGCUUGUACAGAAUAAAAAUAUUCCAAAACAUGCAUUCUGUUUGCAAUAAGACACUAAAGUAAAACUGUGAAAAAUGUGGCAAAGAAAUUAACUUCAUUUCGAUAAUAAAAGUUGUGUUUGGGGCAAAUCCAACAUCACGGUCUGCUUUACAGCCGAUACGGAGACACAUUCACCAGUCAGCAGGACAAUAAACUAAAACACGGUCAAAUAUACACUGCAGUAACUUACCAAGACAACAUUGAAUGUUCCUGAGUGACCUA